CCGGUACUGCUCGCUGGAGGACCUGUGCAGGCCCCCUCUGGCCCCCCCCGAGGAGCCCCGGCAGCCCCCUGGGCACCCCAUGGGCCGCAGCAUCAGCAGCAGCCUCCUGGCAGGGGUUGGCCUCCCCGGCCCCCCCCGGCCCCUGCCGCGCUGCCAGGCCCAGCAAGAGCUGCUGGCCCCAGGUGCCGGGGUGCCCCCCCCUGGAGCCAGCAUGGGGACCCCCCCGAUCUACAGCAACCUGGAGGAGCUGCAGCGGGUGGGGGUCCAGGCCGAGCCCCCCGUGCCGGCCGGCCCCCCCCUCCAGGUUUUGGGGGCCUGGGAGCGUCACCGGGACCCCGCCACCGGGCGCUGCUUCUUCUACAACCCCCACACGGGCAGGGCCUCCUGGAAACCCCCCCGGCGGCACCACCAGGCGGGCCUGACCCCCCCCAGUGAGCCCCCCAGCGACGUGGGACACCGGGGCUCCGGCGACACUGGGGACCCUGCGGACACCCGCCACCAGACCCUCUGCCAGCACCGCCUGGAGGAUGGAGCCAGCAGCCCGCAGCCCCCCCGGGCCCCCAACCUGCCCACGGAGGUGCAGAAAGCCGGGCAGCUCAACAGGACGAAGAUCGCCGAGGGGGGCAGGAAGAUCAGGAAGAGCUGGGGGGUCUCCUGGGUGGUGCUGGCCGGGAACAGCCUCGUCUUCUACAAGGAGCCCAAGGGGCCGGCGCCGGCCGCCUGGUGCCCGGCCAGCGGCCGCCCCGAGAGCAGCGUGGACUUGCGGGGGGCCGUACUGGACUGGGCCCGGGAGCUCUCCAGCAAGAAGAACGUCAUCCACCUGCGCACGGUGCCGGGCAACGAGUUCCUGCUGCAGUCGGACCACGAGGCCACCAUCCAGGAGUGGGCACAGGCCAUCGGCCGCGUCAUCCGCCGCCUGGACCUGGAGAACCCCCUGGACCCGCCGUGGGGCUGGCUGCACCGCGCCGGCAGCGGGGACCUGCCCGAGCUCAGCGGGGACGAGGACGAGGCGCCGCGGCCCCCCGAGGGUGCCGGGCCCCCGGGCGCCCGCCGCAGCCCCGAGGCGCCGGAGAAGCAGCGGGUGAAGAGCAAACUGCGGCGCUUCAUCGCCCGGCGGCCGCCGCUGCAGAGCCUGCAGGAGAAGGGGCUCAUCCGAGACCAGGUGUUCGGCUGCCGCCUGGACGCCCUGUGCCAGCGCGAGAGCAGCGCGGUGCCCCGCUUCGUGCGCCUCUGCGUGCAGGCCGUGGAGGAGAGAGGCCUCGACGUGGACGGCAUCUACCGGGUGAACGGGAACCUGGCGGUGAUCCAGAAGCUGCGGUUCGCCGUGGACCGCGAGCGAGCCGUGAGCUCCGACGGCCGCUACGUCUUCCCGGAGCAGCCGGGCCAAGAGGAGCGCCUGAGCCUGGCGGAGCCCGAGUGGAGCGACGUGCACGUGGUGACCGGGGCGCUCAAGCUCUUCCUGCGGGAGCUGCCCGAGCCCCUGGUGCCCUGCGAGCUCUUCCAGCCCCUGGUGGAGGCCGUGGAGCUGCCGGACGCGCAGGAGCGGGUGCAGCGGGUGGCCGAGCUGCUGCAGACCCUGCCGCCCCCCAACCGCGCCACGCUGCGCUACCUGCUGGCUCACCUGCGCCGGGUGAUGGAGCGGGCGGACGCCAACCGCAUGACGCGCCACAACAUCGGCAUCGUCUUCGGGCCCACGCUGCUGCGGGCGCCGCGGGAGCCCGGGAGCCUGGCGGCCGGCGCCGCGCGCCAGAGCCGGGCCGUGGAGCUGCUGCUGGCCCACUUCGAGCGCCUCUUCCCGCCGCCUGCCGCGGGGGGGGCGCCCUGAUCCCCCCCCCCCCCCCAACGCGCUGUACCCCGCACCGCGCAGUAA